AAAGGUAAAUUUACACGUUCGGUUAACAGAAGUUAGUGUACGUCUUAGUCUACAAACCACGUGAGGGUUAUGUGGUGAUUUCCGAAUGUCAGGGGGGUAAUCCGCACCCGGCCCAAACUACAAGGGAGUAAAGUGAAGUUUGCUCUAUAUUUAAAUGUGCAAAAUUGAUCCUUGCCUACUUCUACUCAUUCACUUAACCAGAGCAACUCAUCCAACCCUUGGGGUUUGUCCAUGGGAUUCAAUGUCUUGUUGUGUGUGAUCUGAUUUUGGUUCAUGUUAUGGAUUGCAGCACUGCUGGCUGUCCAUUUGGGGAGAACUGCCACUUCCUUCACUAUGUGCCUGGUGGGUAUAAUGCUGUUGCACAGAUGAUGAACCUGGCUCCAGCUCCUGUUUCAAGAAACAUGGCUGCACCUCCUCCCAUCCCAGAUGGUUCUUCCCCAUCUGGUGUGAAAACCCGAAUGUGCAACAAAUAUAAUACUGCCGAAGGCUGCAAGUUUGGUGACAAAUGCCAUUUUGCCCAUGGUGAGUGGGAACUUGGCAAGCCUGUUGCUCCAUCACAGGAUGAUUCUCGUGCCAUGGGAGCUAUUCUAAGCCGUUUUCCAGGCCGGAUAGAGCCACCUGCACCAGCUCCUGUCACUGGCUUUGGUGACUCAGCCACUGCCAAAAUUAGUGUAGAUGCUUCUCUUGCUGGAGCAAUCAUAGGAAAGGUUGGUGUGAACUCCAAGCAGAUCUGUCGCCAAACAGGGGUGAAGCUAUCUAUUCGAGACCAUGAAUCAGAUGCAAAUCUUAGAAACAUUGAACUUGAGGGUACAUUUGAUCAGAUCAAGCAAGCAAGUUCCAUGGUAAGAGAGUUAAUUGUGAGUGUUGGUUCAAUGGGUGGCCAUGCAAAGACCCCUGGAGCCCCAGCCUCAUCCCAUCCAGCAGCAAGCAACUACAAGACGAAGAUGUGUGAAAAUUUUGCAAAGGGCUCCUGCACAUUUGGAGAAAGAUGCCACUUUGCACAUGGAGCUGCCGAGUUGCGCAAAUCAGGAGUAUGAAGAUGUUUUGGUUCUCUGGUUGUUAUGCAUAGUGGCGCUUGUGCUGCAAGCACUACCUUUGAGAUCUAGCUGUGCUAUGAAACCCAUGGGCAAUGUAACUGAGACUGACAUUGUAGCAUUUUCCAGUCACUGGUUUAUAUGAGCUAUAUAAUAUUUAACUGUACUAUCUGCUACUCUUUUUUUUUUUUUGGCGUCUUGUUUCCCAAGUAACGAGAAAGAAUUAUGACCAAGAACAAGCUAGUUAUAUCGGGUCGUAAGUUCAAUUUAAUAGCUGCUUGUGUGUUCUAUUGAGGAGAUGGAGGGAUACUCCAAGGAAGGAAGAAGCUAUAUUAUGCCAGGCUUGUUUUAGCAUGUCAGCUGGGUCACACUAAAAGUUCCAUUUGGAAGGAAAGAGUUAGGCCUUGUUUGGUUUGUAUUUGAGAAACAUGUGUUGAGAUAAAAAGUACGAAAAUUUGUUUGGUUUGA